GUGCUUGUUUCUAGACGUGAUACACACUGAUCUGGCGACGUUUAACGCGUGUGUGUGCUUGUGUGUGUGGAUUUCCUGGUUCAACUGAAUCGCUGUACGGCAGUUCGGAGUAACGCUAUGGCGGCUGGGUGGCUGCAACAUCUGUGUUUCAACGUCUAACGUCACCGCUGUACCUCGAAUGCUGUUUUAUAGACAAUCGAACACAGCUGGUAGUAGGGCGACAGAAAGCAUUUGACGUCCAGACCAGCGUGUGACAGAUAUAAAUUGUCAACUUAGGACGACCCAUUACACCUUCGCGCCAUCACCAUGUCAAACGUUUCAUCGACGACCACGCCGAUGAUGAAUACAACGCCGCCAGUCAUGAUCCGGCUGAGCGACGUCUACAACUACACGUGUUCGCAGAAGGGUCUGCUGCUACCGGCCAUCAACGAGUACACGUGGUCGAUCGGGGUUCGCGCCUUCCUCUACCUGUUCGGCCUGCUGUGGUGCUUCCUGGCCGUCGCCAUCAUCGCCGAUAUCUUCAUGUGCGCCAUCGAGCGCAUCACCAGCAAGACGACGAUCGUGCGCGUGCCCGACCCCACGGCUCCUGGAGGCAUGAAGGAACUGGAGGUGAAGGUAUGGAACGACACCGUGGCCAACCUGAGUCUCCUGGCGCUGGGCACGAGCGCCCCGGAGAUUCUCCUCUCCGUCAUCGAGAUCGUGGGCAACAACUUCGUGGCGGGCGAGAUUGGUCCCGGAACGAUCGUCGGCUCGGCGGCCUUCAACCUGCUGGUGAUCUCGGCCAUCUGUAUCGUGGCGAUCCCCACCGGGGAGAUCAGGCGGGUGAAGAGCUUCAAGGUGUUCGUCGUCACCGCCUUCACCUGCGUGUUCGCCUACGUCUGGCUGGCGCUCGUGCUGCUCGUCAUAUCUCCGGGAAUCGUUGAGCUGUGGGAAGCCAUUGUCACCUUCCUCAUGUUCCCCUUGCUCAUCGUUGUCGCCUACUUCGCCGACAGGGACUUCUGCUUGAAGAAGAAGAAACAGGCGCAGCCUGGAUUCGUCGGCAUUUCACUUAAUCAACAGGGGCCGGCAGGUGAAACUACAGCCAAUAAAUACACGGUGACGGAUGAGGAGGGCGGGUCGACGACAGGUGAACACCACGGAGAGGCGGAGAUCAUGAGACUAGCCAAGGAUCUUGGACGUAUUGAAGACCUCCCUGAAGAAGAAGCCGCCAAGAUUGCCGCCAAGAAGCUGAUAGAGGGAGAGUCUCACAACCGAGGCUGGUACCGGAUCAACGCCACCCGGGUCAUGACCGGCGGCAAGAAACUCAUCCCACAGGUCAUGACGUCAUUCCAGAAUUUAUACGAGAGAAUCCAGCUGCCUGAAGAGGAGCGAGCGGAGCACAAAGGCCCGACCAAACACAUGGACCACAGUCUGGGGGGGACCAAGCCCGUCAUCGAGUUCACCGCCGCCGCCGUCGCCGUCCUUGAAAACGAGGGCAAGGUCAGGGUCGGCAUCCGGAGACUUGGCAAACUGGACGUCCCUGUGACCGUCAGGGUUGAGACUAUCAAUGGAACUGCGCUGGCCGGCGAGGACUACAAGGCAUUCAACGACAAGAUCAAGUUUGGGGCAAACGAGAUCCUUCGUCAAAUCUUCAUCGAGAUCGUCGAUGACUUUGAGUGGGAGCCUGAUGAGUUCUUCUUUGUUAAGCUGACUACAGAACCAGGUGCUGAUAUUGCCCUUGGCAACAUCUCCAUAUGUCAGAUCACCAUCAUCAAUGACGAUGAACCUGGUCUUCUGGAGUUCGCUAAACCGAGUAUUGUUAUAAAGGAGAGUUCCUUGGUUGCACGAGUUCCGGUCCAGCGCAUUAACGGAGCCGACGGUCACGUGUCAGUCACGUGGAAGACAAAGGACAUCACCGCCAAGGACGGCAUCGAUUACAAGGGUGGGGAGGGGGAACUCCAGUUCGACAACCAGGAGAUAAAUCGGACAAUCGACAUCACCCUGUUUGAAAGUGACAAACCAGAACGUGACGAGAGUUUUCAGAUCGACCUGCUGGAAACCACCGGAGGCGCGCAGCUCGGGAAGAUAAAGAAAACCAUCAUCACCAUAGUGAACGACGACGAAUACAAUGGUCUGGUGUCGCGGAUUCUCAGCUUGACCAAGGCAAACCUGGACUCCCUGCAACUUGAGCAGUCCACCUACGUCACCCAGUUUCGUAAUGCUAUGAAUGUAAACGGCGGCGACUUGCAGAACGCCACGUUUCUCGACUACAUCCUUCAUUUCGCAACGUUCUUCUGGAAGAUACUAUUUGCAUUUGUCCCUCCAUCAAAAUACCUGGGAGGCUGGCCAGCAUUUUGCAUAUCACUUGCUGUGAUUGGUUUCCUGACGGCAAUAAUAGGUGACCUUGCUGGAGUAUUCGGCUGUUUGAUUGGCCUAGAGGACAGCAUCACUGCCAUCACGCUGGUUGCCCUGGGAACCAGUAUGCCAGACAUGUUUGCCAGCAAGACAGCGGCUAUAAUGGAGAAGUACGCUGACAGCAGCGUGGGCAACGUCAACGGCAGCAACUCUGUGAACGUCUUCUUGGGACUCGGCUUGUCGUGGCUUAUUGCCACUAUCUACUGGAAUGUUAAAGAGGGUAAAGACUUCGAAGUACCACCUGGGUCUCUUGGCUUCAGUGUAGUUCUCUACACACUGGCCGCCGUCAUUGCCUUGUUCGUUCUCGUACUACGGCGGUUUCUGGGGGUGUUUGGGAAGGGUGAACUCGGCGGUGCCGUCAUACCUAAGUACCUGUGUGCCGCUCUCUUCAUCUCGCUGUGGGUCAUGUACAUCCUGUUCUCGGCGCUGCAAGCCAAGAAGAUCAUCAACGUCCAGAUAUAGCCUUGAUAACACGCGCCGCCACCUGUCCACCACCACCGACCUACCUACACGAUCACUUCGACUGGGCUUUCUGCUCGUAAAAUAUAGACUAAAAAUUGUUGUUCAUACAGAUGUCAUAGAAACUGAAAUAUAGUAACAGUUGUUUGUAAUGCUUGUCGACAUGCCAAAUUAAGCACUCAGAUUUGCUAAUGAUAUCAAAAUAGCGAUGCCAUGGUACCCAGCAUGAAAAGACAUAUGACAUAUGUCAAUUAUUUUAAAACGAAAUUCUAGUUGUUCUUUGGGUUGGACAUCUCAUCAUUUUUCGUAUCCGUUUGUUUUCUUCCGCUUAUCAUGUUGAAAGUUUUGGUGUUAGAUGAUGGCCCAUCCUUGCUUCUUGUAAGCCCUAUAAACUACUAUGUAGUCUUCCAAAAAUACAGUAAAAAAAAGACAGUUGGUUCAGUCUGCAAAUAGUAUACACAGGAAGCUUUUGAUGUUCCAUUCAAAAAUAGAAAACUGAGAACAUUUUGAUUGUUUAGACCUAUAUAUUGUGAGAGGCAUCGGCAGCCAGUGUAGGCCUCACACACACAGCCUCGUUGGCCAUCUAAAAUACUUGUUCUAGUUUAAAAAACUGGAAAGCCGUGGAAAGAUGUCAUCAACAUCCUACAUCUCGUGAUAGACCCAGUGUCGGGGAGCGCCAGUUUCAGCUAACACCACUAGCACCCUGCUCCCCACCCUCUCGUUGGACAUGUGUAUUGUUCUGUGAACGAUCACUAAUAUACGAAGAAUAUCAAUAAGAUAACCAGGGUAAUCUAAUUUUAGGCACAGACUCCAGGGCGAAGGACAAAUACAUGAAACCUUUGACCGGACAAACAUUAUCAGUGUGGGGAACGUUGAGAAUAGUACAUGGCGCAACUGAGUAGCCAGUUCACAUAAAUUUUUGGUUUUAUUUAUUUAAUUUUUUGCAAUGUUCUUUGCAAAGACAGGUGCGAAUGUUUGAUACAUUAUGAAAAAUACAAAAUCAACAGUCACAUGCUAAUUGGUGACAUAUUGUAUAUAGUGUUAGUCUGUUGUAUAAAAACAGUAUGAUGUUCCUUACUGAUGAAUACAUAAUUUGUAUUUAUUAAGUUAUUAUAAAAUGGGGCAAUAUUCAUUGAAUAAAAUGCCAUUGAUAGGUGAAGGUUCAAACGAAUAUCAACGACUUUUAAAUAUCAACAAAAAUAAAGUGGACAAUCAUAAAAUUGUAUUGUCUUAAUAAGCAAAACCAUAUAUAUGUAUAUUGGAUCACACUGGAUAUGUUUUCAAAAUAUAAUUAAACACGUAGUUGUAUUAUAAGAUAUAUUUAUGUUAAUAUGAAAUCUGUUUUCAGUAUAUCGUAUUUCAAGUUAGCAUUUUAUUGUAUUAAUGGCUUUUUUGUAUGGAUUAGUUGUUACAAUACUAUAUAUCUCUAUAUAUGCCUCUAGGGUUUUCCUGCGGUGUCCUUACACUCAAAAAAUAGAAGGAAGUGCUUUAUAAUUUCUAUUCAUUAAAUGCCAGUAAUUUGCAAUUUAAAAAAUCCAAUCAUCUUCUAGGUAAAAUAUUGUAGUAGAGUGAGAGGGGGUUUUCUAAAGAAUUUGUCUUUCGCAGCUGUCCAGCACACCCUUAUGAAAAACAGUAGGACAAAAGUAGGAAUGAAAAUAUAUAAAAAGUAGGAAAAUGGAAGGAAAAAGUAGGACUGCAACAAUAUGCAGCAACAUUAAUCAUGCUAAUACCUGUACUGGGAACACGAAUGUGUUAAAUCGAAAAAGUUUUAUGUUGUGUUCAGUUUGUACAAAUAUUUUCAGUUAUAUCCAAAAUAACAUGAAUCUUAUGUAACAGUCAGGUUACAGUUAUUUGAAAUAUCUCAAGGCAUUGAGAAAAAACACAGAAAACUACAUGUGGGACAGACGGACGGACAGACAGAAGGAUGAAGAUGAAACCUAUAGUCUUCUCCGGUUAGACAGAAAUUGACUUUGAGGGUGUCGAUUUAAUAUGUUGAGAUUAUAUGGUGCCGUAAAUUGGAAGAUAUAUCUUGCUUCACCCCCCCCCCCCCCAAAAAAAAAAAAAAAAACCCACCUUCCCAUAACUGUUGACUUUAUUAUAACACAAGGAAUAUGUACACUUUAACAGCAAUUCGCGGCAUUUUGAAACAAAAAAGUAGGAAAACUAGGUAUUUUGAAGAAAAAGUAGGAAAAGUAGGAAAAAGACCAAAAAGUAGGGGAAAGUAAGAAAAGUAGGAUCGCUGGACAGCCUGCAUUCGUAUACACAGAGAAUACAUUGUUAAUCAUUUCAGUUACCUGUAUCUUGUUACAAUGAGAAACAAAAAUGAUUUAAAUGUAUGUUCCGUGUUGUUCAUUAAACAUAGUUUUGAGUGAAAUGAAAAUGCUUAAGAGUCGAGCAACCCAAAUUUCCUUCUAUACAGUAAAUCAUUGAGAAUUAUAAACAUGAAAUGUUUCGAGUUAUUGGCUACAGUUUAUUUUUGGUUUGUCUCCACGAUGUAAAUUUACACAGUAAAACAAUACAUGUCAAAGCUAUCUUCGCAAUUACAAUUGAUGUCAUUUCUAAAACGGAUCAAUACAUUUAUUUAUAUUCAUAUUUGAUGCGAAGCUUAAUUUUCAUUUUCAAUGUUUGGACAUUAUAAUACUGCAUAAUUCAUCUCAUUAACUAACUGGAGAAAAAAUAACUUUUGUGAAUUCUGGGGUUUUUUUUCUAAAACAAAUUCACAAACUUUUAUAAUCGCAAGAAAAGUAAAAUUGUCGAUGUUAUCAUUUUUUUUUCGUGUUAUAUAAAUAAGUGUAUACUUUUUAUAAAUUUGUUUUCAGGGAAUUUGCUUGUAAAUAUUAAAAACAUGUAUAUGUCUGUACUGGGUCUAUUUUGUACGAAAUGGCAGUCUAAUGUUUGUACGUAUAAUGCUGUAUAAUAUAUAUAUGGCUUGAGUCAUCGCAAACCCUAUUUUAUUUUUUACUUUAACUACAUCAUGUAAGUUUAAACAAUGGCUUUUUUGACAUAAAUUAUCAUGAUAUAUUGCAAUAUGUUCGUUUUUUGUAUUUUAUUUCACUAAGAUUAGCUCAGCAUUCUUUGAAGAUCUUUACAUUAAAAUCGUUAAUAAAAAUAUGUCUAUUAACUUCCA